AUUUUGCGCAGUUUUCUUUUUCUUGUCGCCACAUAAUUGCAUUAGUUUGUGUGGUAUAAAUUAUUUAGUGUCAGCCACAAGCAUAGACAGAGAGAGAGCGACUAAGAAGAAAUACCUAUGGUAGAUUACAACAACCAACAAUGGCAGACAUCAGAAUGAGUUGCCGCCGUAGCAGCAGCAGCAGCAGCAACAGCCGUGAUUAAAACCAGUCAGGCUAGGCCAGGCCAACCCAGGCCAGCCCCAUUGGCACCACCCAAAGCCAAGCCAAGCCAACUCGAGCUGCUGAAUCAUCAGAAUAUAGCAGCGUAACACAACAGAAUAAAAUAGUUUUUGUUCAAGUACGAGAGGCACAGACAUCAAUUGAACUCAAGCUUAACAUCAGUCAGCAAUAACAACUACUACUACAACAACAACAACAGCAACAACAACAGCAACAACAAAAAUAAUAAUAGCAACAUCAGAAACAACCUCAUAUCAAGAGACCUUCAAAUGUUUAUUCAUUCAUCCACAAUGCUAAUUACCGAGGACCAGCAAAAGCAGCAGCAGCAUCAGCAUCACCAUCGAUGGAUGGGUUCGUCAAUGGUUGCAUUUACAAUUUUGCUAAUCAUGCCCAGCUUGACAUAUGCUUGGAUGCCCGAUGUGCGACCCGAUUUACAAACAAAACAAGAUAAAAUCUUGGCCCAUUUAAUUGGCAAUACAACGGACUAUUUUAAGAUUUUGGAUCACAACGAUGAAACAAUUUUAGUGGGUGCCAAGGAUCGCAUUUAUAAUAUAAGCCUGCAGGGGCUAAGGGAAACUGGACGCCUGGAAUGGAAUAGCUCCGAUGCUGAUCGAGAAUUAUGUGCCCUAAAAGGCAAACAUGAAUGGGAUUGUCAUAAUUAUUUGCGUGUAUAUGCUAAAUUGGAGAAUGGUCAGCUAUUGAUAUGUGGCACAAAUUCAUAUAAGCCACGGUGUCGUCAUUAUGCACCAGCUGACCCAGCAGAGGAUUCAUCCAAGAAUAGUUUACACUAUGAAAUCACCAGAGAUGUAGAGGCUCAGGGCUUAUGUCCAUAUAGUCCGGCACAUAAUAGCACCUAUGCCUUUGCCGAUGGUCAUUUGUAUAGUGCCACAGUGGCAGAUUUCUCUGGUGGAGAUCCGCUAAUCUAUCGUGAAAAUUUACGUACCGAACAAUAUGAUCUCAAGCAAUUGAAUCAACCUGAUUUUGUGGGCACCAUUGAGAGGAAGGGUUAUGUUUUGUUCUUCUUCCGUGAAUUGUCGAUGGAGUUUAUGAAUUUCGGCAAAGCUGUCUACUCACGGGUGGCGCGUGUUUGUAAGAAUGAUCGUGGUGGACCAUAUAAUCAUGGCAAGAGUUGGACGUCGUUUUUGAAGGCCCGCUUAAAUUGUUCAAUGCCUGGUGAAUUUCCCUUCUACUUUGAUGAAAUACAGGCCAUCAGUCCAGUUGUGGAGAGUGGUUCUCAAACUCUAGUCUAUGCUGUAUUUACCACUUCAACGAAUGCUAUACCCGGCUCGGCGGUUUGUGCUUUCAAUGUGGAUGAGAUUUUGGCCGCUUUUGAUGGUGAUUUCAAAUCACAGAAGGAUUCUCAAUCCCACUGGGCACCGGUGGAGCAAGAACAAGUGCCCAAACCAAGGCCAGGGCAAUGUGUAGAGGACUCUCGUACUUUAUCCAGCAUUGCAGUGAAUUUUAUAAAGACUCAUCCAUUAAUGGAAAUGGCUGUCCCAUCUCUUUAUAGUCGUCCACUCUUGACUAAAGUCACGUUGCAUCAUCGUCUGACGGCCAUUGCCGUAGAUCCUCAAAUACGUUCACUUAGUGGCGUUCAUUAUGAUGUUAUCUACAGUGGCACAGAUGAUGGCAAAGUUACCAAAUUCAUUAACAUUGUUAUGACACAUCUAAACUCUACAGUGGAUCGUCUAAAGACUGUUGUGAUAUCGGAAAUGCAGGUGCUACCGCUGGGCACUCCAGUGCGUGAAUUGGUCAUCUCAUCCAAGAAGAACACCUUGGUGGUGGUCAGUGAUGGUAGCCUUGUUACCGUGCCUCUGCAUCAUUGCUCCUAUAUUGUCGAUUGUCAUGGCUGUUUGAGUCUUCAAGAUCCAAAUUGUGCCUGGGACCUGCAGACACAUGAAUGCAAGAACUUGGCCUCAAGUCAACAUAAAUUUGGCACUAAAUCAUAUCUACAGAGUCUGAACACAACCAAAAAGGCAGCUGCAUUACUCUGUCCAAAAGUCCUGCGUGAUCAAGCUGGUCCAGGAGCGGAGACACUUAGCUUUGUUACCAUUCCACCCACACCAACGGAAGAACAAAAACUGCUCUACUCGAAUGUGAAUACCUUGUCAGCUGGUGGCAUAACCAUUAAUCAGCCCAGUCUGGAGCAGCAGCCUGCAGAUACAGAUGAUUUUGGUUUAAAUAAGAUAACCCUAACCUCCAUGGAUCCGGAGGAGGUGCUAACGAAUUUAAAUGAUCCUCAAAAAUCUACUGCUACUGUGGAUGAAAUACAAAAAGCAUCAGCUAAUUGGAAUUUUGUAGUUUUAAUCACUGUGAUUACCUUUGUACUUGGCGUUGGUCUAGGCUAUAUUUGUGUUCAACUAAAAGAUUUUUACCUUAAGAAGGGAAGGCUAGAUGAAAAUCAUCAUAAUCAUUUGGGCAAGCAUAUUCCCUUCAAACAAGGCAAGGAUAUUAACUUGCUAAUGGGUUCCAAUCCAUAUACAACCACUCAAAAGACACCAAAUUUGGAUCUAGAAAAGGAUCGCAGUCAUGAGUGCAAAAAUUCUACAGAACAUUUGGAAAAGGAAUUGCCCUGCAAGACCUCAACGCUGACGAAAGUGAAACGCACUUAUAUCUGAUGAGGAUUACAGAGAACUUAAAAUGGAUGAUGCUCUCCAUACAAAAUUAGUCGAAUUUCUCCGUAUAUUAUAUUUUUUUUUCGUUGUUUAUGUUGCUGUUAGUGUUUUAACAAACCAAUACAAUCAAUUAAUUAAACCCGGACUCAAGCAGAAGUCGAGUCGAUUACCGGUCCCGCCACCCAUAUAUAUGGACAUGGCAACAGUUUUGCGUUUGAUUGCAGAGCAAAAAAAUAACUGUUGUCCAAAUCUUAAUCUUAAUUAAGUUAUAUAUGUAUUACAUUUAGUUAAAUUUAUGUUCAACAACUAUUGAGCUGCUUUUGAAUAUCCUUUGUAAUUCAUUCCCAUUUCCAAAUUCUCUCUUUAACUCUUUUGUCUAUUUCUCUCUCUCUCUCUCUAUUUUGAAAAGCAGCUCAGAUUAUGUUGUUAGAUCCCCCCGACCGCCGCCGCCCCCUUUAAUAUUAUUUUGAUAAGUGCAAAUAUUAGAGCUAGAGAAAAUUUACAUAUCAUACCCGACCCCCAUUUCUCUACAUAUAUAUAUAAAUUAUAUAUAGAAAAUAUGUAAGGCCCGCUCCCACACGCAAUCCCGAAUAAUUUCUCGAAAAAAGUAUUUUGUUAGACUGAAUGAAAAAAUGCUAAUUAAUUUACAUAAAAAUUAAAAAAAAAAAAACAAAAUACUUACACAUAAAUCAGCUCAAAUAAGGAAUUGAAUAUAGAAUUAAAUAUAAAAUAUUAUAUAUAUAUAUGUUGUAGCAGAUCUAUGCUUAAGGCGAGGAUCAAAACUUAUAUGAGGCUGUUUAAUAAGAACUGAGCCCCACUUAAUCAUAAAACACGCACAAGAAAACAUUGAGAAAUAAUUCGUAAGCUAAUUUCGGUAAUAACCGAUGUUUAUAUACCCUUGCAAAACAAUAUUGAUAUUUAUGUGAAACUUAUUGCUUCCAAAACCAUAAGUCUAAUAGAGUCUCCCCAUUUAUUUUGUUCCAUUUAAAAGAAAAUCAGUAUGUUAAACUCAAGAAUUAUAAAAA